AAAAGAAAAAUUAUAUCAUAUAUCCCACGACUGAUGCAGUAUAUUAAUGGGUUCGGAGCGAACAAACGAUAACGACGAUCAUGGCGAUUAUACAUGACGUGAUCCAACCGAUCCUAACAUCGUAAUUUAUUAUCGGUGCGCGAUUAGUGGUCUUAUCAAGAGAACAUUUUCGAAAAUAUGUAAAACGAUUUAACCAGCAAGUCGACGAAGGCCUGUAAAAUGUUCGAGAGUGGACAUCAACAAGGUAAUAAACGCGUAUUACAAUAUUCAGAAUUAUAUUUAGAUUCGUACAAACCCCUUUUCGUAAAUUACAAUACUAAUUAUUAGCUACAGCUUAACGGAACCAGACAAUUGCAUUUCUAUGAAUAUAAAACUACUGGACAAUUGUCGGAGAACUAAAUGAUAAUACUUUCAUUGCAUACGUUUAUUUAUUUUUAUUUUCAAUCAUUAGAUAUGGUCGCGGACAUUUAAAAAAAAUUACGACUUCGAAUAUUUAAUUUGCAUUUAGAAUGCACAUAAUUAUAGAUUAACCUAUAGGUCUACGCAUAUUGUAAAUGUAAACGAAACUAAAGUUGAACAUUUGAAAAACGAUCCGUUCGCAGAUAUAAUUUCAAAGCCAAAAUAUAUUCGAUUCACGUAUCUACGGGUUGGAGAUUGUGUUGUUUUAAAUUUAAAAAUAAAUAUAUAUAUAUAUAUAUCACGAAAUUUACCCGCAGCAUCACAAACGUCACGGGGGACCGGUCCAACCCGAGCCCAUCUAUAGCUAUAGAUAUAUAGAUAUAUGGUUUCAAGAAUAAAAUAUAAAUGGAUUUCAUGUUGUGAAAUGUUUUUCUGUAUAUUAUGUAGAAUCUCACAUUUAGAGGGUACCUGCCCACAAAUAAUAUAACCACGAGAACCGUAAAAUUAUUUUUAUUGUGCGAUUCGCCGUUCGUGCGGACGGUUGAUAAUGUUUACAAAAUUCAUAUUGACAAUUUAUAUUCUGCUACUGCUAUAAUCGCAUGGUGCGUAGCGGUCGUAAAAAAUAAUACAACUUUAAGAACGAGGAUGAUAUACCCGCUGACGGAGAGAGCGGGUAUAAGCGAGACAUAGCGUAUUCGCGUUCAACAGGGACAACACUGUGCUGUUAAUUUCAAUAUUAAUUGACCUAUUAUCAAACUUUAAGGUAACGGGGAUUGUCCGUGAUUUUAAAUCGGUAUUUUCCGAUAUUUUAAUUUUUACGCGAGAUAUGACAAUUUUUAAUUUGCGAUAUUUCACGUGCUCGUAAAACAUCGCUUAAAAAUUUAAAUAACAAAAAAAUAAUAAUACAGGAAAAUACACUCUAAUAUUAAAACUAACAGCUCAAAGCUGCCGAUGUUAAACGAAAUUUUGCUACAUUAUGUGUUGAUAGAACUGAAACAGUUUGGGAAGAAUGCAUCAGUAUAUUUAUGUAUUAUAAAUUAACAGGAUGAGCCCUGUGGUAUAGUUAAAAACAAAUUAUAUAAUAGGUACUUGAAAGUAUACAAAAUAAACAACCCAAAUAACAACAAAAAUAAAAUGUGAUAGAAGUAAAAUUCAUUAAAAGUGACAAGCCUCAUAAUUUGCAAGACGGACUUGUAAUAUAAUAAAUAGUUAGUUGCACACAUAAGAUCAGGGGACGGAGAAAAUGUACGCAAGUGAGCACUGGGAAUCUUAAAAUUGACUUUAGCUAACCGGUUGGGUCCAUUUAACCAUUAAUUAGCUUAAAUAGGAAUUAUCAGUUAGAUUCUUCUUGAUUCUCCUGCUGUCCAAUGCGCAUAUCUAAAUUUAAACAUUCUAAUACCGGAGUGUAAUAAUUUAUGCAGAUAACACUCUGUAUUCGAUGAAAAAGACACGCAUCUUAAGAAUUUACACUGUAUGUUAGAAUCACGUAAGGUGAGUGGAUCCCAGAUCACAACACCUCAAUGGGAGCAAAUAAAUGCACAAUAUAAUGUUUUCAGAAAACUAUACAUUAUAAAUUCCGGAAAUAUUAGUUUCCAAAAACUAAGCAUUUUUAGAUCCUUAUACAUGUAACUCUCUUAAUAAAGACAUUAAAGUCUAGUAAGCGAUCGAACGUAUACUAUUAAGGUCGACAAUAUUACUGGCUGAAAAAUGUAAACUGAUAUCAUCAACUAAUUAGUCUUACCGAACAGAACUAGUUAAAUUGGAUUAUUCUUUAGAGAAAUCUAUUCAUGAAUACAGUUACUUUUUUUAUAUGUAUAAUGUUAUAUUUUACAAUUUUCACAUUUUAAAUUGAGUAAAUUUAUGUCGGAAUGUCAAUGCUAAUGAUAAAAUAAUAUAAUAAAAUCAAUUUUUUUCCUAACAUAAUAUUAGUAAAGCUAAUCGUUAAAAUAUUAAAAUCAUAUUAUAAUUAAUAAUUUAUUACUAAUUAAUGAUAUUUUUUAUUUUUACAAUUUAUAAGGGAAAAAACCUAGGUAUUUAUUUUUAAGUUUACAAUAUUUUUAAAACAAGUUCUUUUCAGAAUGUAUUCCAAAUAUUGAUAAAUGUGAAUGCGGAAUGCAUUGUUUUUUAAAAGAAAUUUUCCAAACGCCCAAAAAAUUAAAUGUGGUAUGGCAUCCCUUCAAGUUAUUAUGAAGUUUAUUAUUAUACAUCAAAUUCUUUACAAAAAUAUUAAUAUCUGUGAGAAUAAUAUUACAAUUUACCUAAUAUAUUCUUAUUAGUAUUUUAUUAAAAUAUCUUCCCGUCCAUUGAACAUGCCCACAAAUAUUAUUAAUAAAUAUUAUUAUGUAUAAUAUAAUAAGUACUAUUAAACAACAAAAAAUGAUAAAUGUAGAUAAUAAAAAAUCUUGUCACAUUUUUUCAUAAUAAUAUAACAUAUAUUAACAAAACGAUAACUUUUGAUGACCCCUGAAUCAUUUUCUUGGACAAUUUACUAAGUAUACUGAAACUACACGUAUAAUAUUAUACAAGACCCAGAUAACCUUAAAUAAAAAUAUAAUAAUAAUUUUUACUGUAUGGUCCGGUUAACUCAGUUGCAAUAAACACGUCUAUAAUAAAAAUCCGAACAUACUUCAAACCACGAACAGGUCACAGUUAUAGGUAGAAUGUUUGGACGGUAUAUAGGAGAAUAUAAUUAUAAUUACCCUUAUAUUCUCCUAUUAUUGUAUUUUAUAGGUUAGAGCUUUUAAGAACAUGCUAUCAUUUUUUUUUUUUUUUAAGUGAGCUUUGAAGACUUUUUGUUCACUUUUUGUGGAUUUUAAAUUAUUUAAAUUAUUUUACCAUACAUUUUUUUUAUUAUUAUCGACUUAAUUGUUUAGUAUGUUUAUCAGUUAUUGAACCACUUAUUUAUCAUACAUACAAUUCAAUAAAACAAAUACUAAUUGUUCUUGUAGUAUUUUUGAUCUAGUCGGUGCGUUGGAACAUAUGUUUAUUUUUCCAAUCAAUAACUUUCUCAACAAAUGAGAAAAACUGACAAUUGUUUUUACAAUUCUAUAUAACCUUGAAAAUAACAGAAAAAAUAAGACUAAUAAUCCUCUGCUCAAAACCGUUUUUCGUUCUCAAUGAUUUUUCAAGUCUUUUUAAAAUUGAAAUACUAUUCAUGAUGCUUAUUUAAUAGUUAAAAUAUCAAAUAUGCUUUAAAAACACCUUAGUUAAAUAUUAGGUUAAAUAUUUAAUCAAUGAUUAUAGCUGAGGAAAUUAGCGACUGUCAUUUGAAUGAUAUUCACAACGCAAACAUAUUUAAAUAAACAUCGUUCGUUACAUAAUAUUAUAAGAGUCCUGAUUUUAGAGGUCAUCUUUAUUUAAGAAAAGUCAGUCAAGACCUUUUUCUUUCAUUAUAAUGACUUAUUUAUAACAAAAACAAAAAGCAAACGGACAUACUUCACACGAUGGGUGAGCCACUAUUUUAGGUGAAAAAUUGGGAAGGUAGAGGGGAAAUUUAAUGUAUAUCUGUACACAACAUUUAAUCAUAACGAAAACCGAUUCUGAGUGGCGUUCACGCGAUUAUACAUGUUUUGAAAGGCCGUAAUAAUUGCGAUUUUUGUCAAAUUCUAUAUUAAAAUUCUUACAAAAAAAAAAACUACAUUAAACUUAAGUUUUUCUUCUUGGCCCUAAGUACAACUUAUAAUAAAUCUCCUGUUAAAUUUCCAAAUAUUUCUAUUUGGUCGUUCAUCCACAUAAUAAACACCAAAUAAAAACUAAAAUAAUAUCAAAUGCCUACAAAUAGCUCAAAAAUCAUGCAUUUAUUUUAACCGUAUUACAAUAAAAAACAAAAUUGAAAAUAAUGAAACCGUUAUUUCCGUAAACUAUUUUGUUUUUUCAUCAUUUUUGCACAAUUAUGAUUUAGAAAACUAAUGGAAAAUCAAAAAAAUGACUUACCAACUAGAGCCAAAUGUAACACGAAUAGUUUCUUGUGAUUUUUUUUAUUUGGAGCAAGAUUUCUGGUCGAAAGACAGACAGAAAAGAAAUCACACACUAUAGUAAACCACUUUAUUCCUCGCUACGCUAAAAAUCUAAUAUACCUUUACCAACUUGAAAAAUUCGCGGUCGAUAUUUUAUAAACAAUACUGUCGUAAAACAUGAAAGAUAAGACGUAGUCAUAUCCCGAGGGGAUAAUAUUAGGUACCUAGUUGUAGACAAAUGGGCCGAGUGUUGGCCGUUGUCUGAAUAAUAUGAUGACAAACUGCCGAAAAGAUGUCGGUCGGAUUACGCACAAAAGCUUCCAACAGAUUGCAAUUUAUGUCAGGUCACCCGUUGACGAAUGCUCUUACCUUUAAACUUUCAACCUAACAUUUUUUUUUUGAAAGAAUACGCACUGACCACGAAUUCUUUUAUACCUUUAGACUUUCAAACCUGCGGUUUUUAUAGAGAAUUUACAAUUGAUAAUAAAUGUGUAUUUUUGUAGAAUAUUGCAGCAUGUUCUUGAUUUACUAUUACAAUAAACGGAAGGAAACAAAUCGAAUUAAAAGUGAACGCCUAUGUACAAUAAAAUGUGUAUUCGUAAAACUUGUACCUACAAGUAGGAAAGUAUAACAUUAUUUACAUUAUAUUACGUUGACAGCGUCUCUUGUUUUCUUUAUAUUAUCUUUAUACAAGUUUUAAUCGCAAAAAUAAUGAUAAUAUUAUCAAAGUUGUAACGAGAUAAAUGCUUACAAAGUUUGAAAAAAUAUUUUUAUAUUGUUAUAACCUAUACUCUUUAUGUGUGUGUAGUAGUAGUUUAUAUGUACACAUAUAACGAUGAAAUACUUGCACGACGUCAACUCGAAUAUUAAAUGUUUUUAUAGUUUAUCGGUUUGUUCAAUGGUAAAAUAAUUAUUUUUCAAUAUUUAUAAAAUAUCCUUUCGAGUACCUAUUGUGAGAAGAUAUAAGUACUAAAGUAAAUAAAAUAAUACAUGACGUACGUCACAACCAAUAGCAGUGUUCUCUAACAUUUUUCACACUACAAUGACUUAUUGGAUAACUUAGGUAAUUCAAAUUAAAUCGUACUAUAUUCGUAAUUGCAGAAAUAUAAUUAAACUGAAUAGUAAUAUUCAUGACCACCAUAAAUUAAAAGCGUAUGAAUUCUUUAAAAACAAGAAAUUUACCAAUGCUUCAACAUUCUACAUGGAAACAAUAUAAUAAUUAAAAUAAUGAUAUGUCGAAGCUAUAUGUCAAAUAACUAAAUUUGUAUUAUAAUACUGUUAUAUUAUAAAACAUACCUAUAGUUAAACAGUUUAAUAAUUAUUAUUUCAGUUAUUUAUGUAUAAAUAUACGAUAUUUGUAUAUUUAUAUGCUGUAUAUCUAAAAUGAAGCGUCAUCAGUAGCGUUCGCAGAGAAGAGAUCGUUAGGAAUUAUAUCUUCUUUCUGAAUCUGCUUAAAAGUACAACUAUGAGUUUUUAUUUAGUAAUAUUAUCUUUAAAUAAUAUACGAGUAUAUUUCAGCUAAAUUACAAGGAAAAAGUUGAUUUUUUGAAUAAAAGAUGGUUUUUUUUGGAUCCGGCUUAUAAAUUAUAAUUGUCGAGUUAGGUAUUUCAAAAAAAUAUUCUGCCAUUCAUUCGUGAAUUAUGAAUAUUAUGUACUAAAUCUCCUCUCGUUGAAAAUGCCCAGCCACUGGGCAAUAUUGAUAACAUUUUAAUAUUUGUUCAUAAAUGAUAUAAAAAUAAAGCUUAUUUCAAGUAAAUUGAAGCAUAUUAUAAUAAAUAUAGGGCUAGAUACGUAUAUUUGGACACAUACUUAGAUUUUCUGAAAUACAUUAUUUAUCUCUGGUAAGAAGUUCGUCACAAAUUUUCUGAACUUUGCAGUGUUUUCCGAAACAGAUAAAUAUAAUGUAAUUUAUAAAACAAAUCUGAAUUAAAAGCCCGAUAUUUUAUAGUUUUUUACGAUUGGAUAGAAAAACAUAUUUCUUGACAUGUGCACAAAAAGGAAAACAUGUACAUAUAUAAUAUAUAUAGUACCUAAUACCUAUCUAACGUUCUAACGUUCAAGUAUAUUUUAAAUAAAAAAUGUCCAUUGUAGUAAUCAAUAAACGGAUUAGAAAAUAAAUCCCAAGUUCUAACUAUCUAUUUGUUACGUGUAAUUAUUUUUAAACUUAAAAAAGCAUACGAUUGGCCCUAUAUAGGUACCUGGUACUUAAAUAUAUUUUGAUAUGUAUCAAAUUAAAAGACGUUACUAACAUAAUAUUAUUGACAUGACGACCUCAUUAUAAAGACGUAAUGGAUAAUAUUUUAAAAGAUAAGUAAUAGAUAAGUAUACAUUAUUAUAUUCUGGCUACCGAAUACUGAGUCGUGUAUAAAAAUGUCUAAUAUCUAAAUAUGCACGAUAAAAAUCUAAUAUUGUAAUUUUCUUGGGUGUUAAUUAAUAGCCUGUACGCAAUCAUUGGUCAAAGAUAAUAAUAUUAUAUUAUAUAAUAUCUAAAUGUCUUAGUAAAAAGUUUAAAAUUGAUUUUCGCUGCGAACUAAUGGAUUUUUGAUUAAAGCUACCUACCUACCAGCCAAUACAAUCGAAAUGAAAAAGCGUGACCUUUAAAAAUGUUACAGAAGUGAAUAGAUACAAACGUGCAGAGGUGUCAAAAAUAAAAGGUUUUCGUUGAAAAAUCAAUAGCCAGAACAUAUCCCCCUACACCUAGCCUACAUAGGUACUACAAAAGGGCAACAAUUAAAACAACUACCUACGUCAUCGCAACAGUUGCAUCCAAUAUACCUACGAUUUUACGCGAUUGAACGAAAUCUAAAAGAUAAGAAUGGAAUGCCAACUUUUCCAAACCGUCUAUGUAGUUAGGAUUUACUAAUUAAAAUUAAUGUUUGGAACAUUUUGCUAUUUUUUCGUGCGUAAUAUAGCAUAUUUUAAUUACCAGCAACUUCAAGCGAAUUUAAAAUACUAUUUACAAUAGUUUGUAGUUUUGUACCCACAAUAGGUAUUUACUCAAUAUUAUGUGGCUAUUAAAUAAAAAAUGAAUAUAGAAAGGUAAAACGAACUUAAAAAUAAAAUAGGUAAUCAAUAUUAAUGACACUCAUGAUUAAUACUUACUUAAUCUUCCAAGAUAAAAUGGAUUUAAUGUAUUUAUGGUUUUAAACUGGUAUAUGUGUCUAUAAGCUAUAUUCAGUGACUUUUCGUGGCAUUUAUUAAAUUUAAGAAUUUGUUUAAAUAAUUUAAAGGCAACAAUACGAAAUCUAUAACUAUUUUACCUAUUUAAAUGUUACGUGAGAAGUUUCAACAACCUCUACAAAUAUUAAAAUGUGUCAUAUGUUUAAAAUAUUUGCAUUAUACAUAUACUUAGUGCUCAAAUUGGAAUAAAAAAUAUGAGACUAUAUAAGAUUCGAACAAAAAUUAACAUCAAUUUCAAUAAUUUAACUCAACCUGACCUCUGUGGACAAACCUCCCAAGGAGUUAAAACAAUUAAUUUUUUUUUUUCAAUUUAGUAAAUCAUAACUUUUUCUAGAUAUAAUAAAAAUUUCAAAACACUCUGGCAAUUUUUCAGUUAUUUAUAGCCAUUUAAAAUGUUCGAGUUAUUAAGGUUUUUAUUUGGUUUUAUGUGAUUAAAAUAAUAUUGGCUCACCGAAAAUUUAAUACAAGGUUUAUCAUGAGUUUUAGUAGUAAAAAAAAUUGAGUAUAAUGUAGUAGGUAGGUAAUUUGUUUAUAUAAUUGUUUAAAAUUAAAAAUUGUAAUGAAAAUGCAAUCUGAUAAAAAUAUGUAUUGUCCCAUGCUUUCCACUUAAAAUAAAUAGUAGAAAUAUGCUAAAAUUUCGGAAAAAUAAAUUAAGGUAAAUAUUCUAUCCCCCUGCGAACCCCCUCCAAGACGAGUAAAACGUAUACCUAUACAAUAUAAUUAUAUUACGGAACUAUCUCAGAAUACUGUUUUCAUAGCAAAACUACCCUCUAAUAAAUACUUGCAUAGAACCAAAUUUCAAAAUAUGUAAAUAAUUCAAUCAUUGAUCAAUUUAACAUUAUCUAUAAUAUUACAUUCAUCAGUUAAAUUAAUCAUAUUUUGAAAACUAAAUCAGUUUCAAAUUGUUCAGGCUUAUAACUGAGCUUUAAAUGAUGAUCAUGUACAUAUAAUAUGUACAGAUUUCUAAAAUACACUUACAUAUAAUAUUUUAACAAAACUAGAUUCCUAAGUGCUUAAGUAUGCACUUGCCACUCAGUUGCCUACACUUAGAAUAUCUGUUUUUAUUUAAUAGUUUUGAUAACAAUAAAAUACCAUCAUUUUGUUAGAACUUAUAUCACAUAUACAGGGUGUUUUUUUUAUCAUGGACCAGCAAUUAUCUCAAAGGAGGCCGAUCCAUAACCCAUCCCUACUCCUCCGGUCUAAACUUUAAAUUGCUAUAAUUCAUAAACAGUAAAUCUAAUAUUAAUGUUAGGUAUAUCAAAAUUUCUAUAAAAAUAUUCUUUAUUCAAAUCUAUGUUCAAGAGGAGGGGUUCUAUUUGAAAAUCAAAAGUAUGUACUUAUUUAAGAUAUAUAGAAUAGGGGUAAAAAAUUAAAAAUGGUUUUAAAAUAAAGCUUAAAUAAUUCCAUAAUGAUUAGAAAAAACAAAAAUCAAAUUCAGUUAAAAUCCUCUGAGAUAAUUGCAGGUUCAUGAUAAAAAAAGAUCACUGUGUAUUGUAAUUAAUUUUUUUAUUUGGUAAAUAGGUAUGUAACUUUUACAAGAAACAAAACUGUAAUUUACUUUUUAUUAGGUACAUAAUCAAAUAAUAAACAAACAAUAACUUCUUAAAUGAAUUCAAAUUUCAAACCUUAACUUUAUUAUUUUAAUAUAAAUAGUUUUGAAGAUUAUUUAAAAUAAUAUAUAUUAUUUAAAUUGUACACCUAAAUAUUAAAUGCAUUUUUAAAGUAGAAAAAAAAUAAUCGGCUACAAGUACUAUCAAACUUAAACAUUAUGUUGAAAUAACGAAUAAUAAUAAUAGUAAUAAUAAAAAAAAAAUAUGAUAUUUUUAAAUGAAUAAGCAAAUUAUACUAAUGCUAUAAUAAUGGUAAUAUAAUAAUACACACAUGAAUAUUAUUCAUCUAAAUCUCCUAUAACUAUAAGAUGCACAUCCAAAUAAUGUACUCAUAAGUUAUAAAUUUGAAUACCUACAGAUUUACAUACCUACAUAUAAUACAAUCUUAAUAGGUAACUAAUAUUUUUAAUACAUUUCUAUACACAUUAAUAUUCAAUAGGCUGUUGGUAGUCUGAUAACCUGAUGCUAAAUAAGACAGUGACAUUUGAUAAUCAAUAUGAAUUAAAAAUUAAUGUUAUCUAAGCGAUUUAAUUUUGUCUCGUUCUAACGAAUCAAUUAGAUUGUGUACUUAAAACUAACUAGAUAUGAUAAAUUAAUAUAGCAUUAAAAGAAAUAAAAUCCAUAUUGGUUAUGAAAUCAAUUUAACGUAUCUGUUUGUCGGUAGGUACCGAGGUUAUUAAAACAGAUAUCAUAUACAUUUGACCCGAAGGAUAUAUAAAAAUGCUGGUGAAUUAUUACAAUAAUAUUAGAUUGCAUUAUAAUAUUAUAAUUAACAUUUAUAAUAAUAAUAUACCUAAACAGUCGAAGUGACAACAAAGGUGUUUAAACAAUUCUGACCUGGACACGGUUCCGCCUUCUGCCGGUUCCGGACGAUAAUUUCGUUAUCACUCCGUCGUUAUCAGUAACCAUUGAUUGAACAUACUGCCGGUAUUUCGUCAGCUGCUGCUGGCGGCUGGCCCGUACUUUAUUUACUAAAAUCGUAUAAUUAUAAUUGUAGGUAAGAGUGUACUAUACUUGUCUCGAUAAAUAAUAAUAAUUAUUGUUGCCAACGAUUUCACCUUGAUUUGGCCAGGCAGGUGCCAGGUUAUCUGAAGCACAGACUACCUAUUUAAACAUUCAUUCCCCCGCCGCCAUCGCGAAAGUGGAAGUUAUUGAAGAACAAACAUCGAAAAAAACCAACCCAUAAAAUAUCGCCGGAAAAAUCGAAAACGGAAAACCGUUACCACAUUCACUCAGUCAGCGGCACUUUGUUAGUGUUGUAGUGAAUGUUCGAUUACUUUUACAUUGCCCGUGGAACUCGAUUCGUCGUUUAGGAAUAAUUUUUCUAAUUUUCGUGUAGACUUACUCGUUAUUGUACCUGCUCGUUUAUCGUCUUCCGUUGCCGCAAUAUAACCAAAGUGAGUAUCAGAAAUACACGAUCCGUAUUGUUAUAAAUUAUAACAUGCCUAUUAUUAUACCUAUAUUAUUUUAUUUUUAAAUCCUGUCUGACAUAAUAAUAAUAAUAAUAAAUAUAAUACAAUAAUAUUAACGUCGUCGAGCGAACGUUUUGUACACGCGAACCUAGUGUCAUUUACAGGUUGACAUUGCGGUAACCUUGAGGCUCUCGCUUUAGCUGUAAUCUGUAAAUGAUUUUUCCCUAUUGAAACUAAAGUUCGAUUUUUUUCCUAUAUAUUAACAUUCUUAUCAAAGCCGGCUCAAUAUACAAGCCGGGUGGGAUUAACGAGCACUUCGGUCUUAUACACGAAACUCGUGUUAUCCGACAGUUUUCGAUUUUUUUUUUUCUUGUUUAUCCCUAAUUUCCAUUCUUCCAGUUCGUUGUAUUUAAAUGCACCGUGUGUCGACCGUCGUCUUUCGUUGUAUUGUCAACAAUCGUGUCAAAACUCCUCUUGCAGCAAUUUCAACAUCAUCAGCCCUAUUUGGAUUUGGUCACUACACAAAACGCGCUCAAUCUACCAACAUUGAACCCGAGGUGUCAAAUCCUAAAUAAUAAUAAAUCACUCGAUUAUAAUUUUAUACAAAUAUUAGCUUUGUCCAUGUUCUAUUGUGUAGUAAUUAUUUAAUUAGAGAUUAAAGAAGCGAUACAAUGCAUUGCUUUUAUGUCAUUUUAAAUUGUAUUUAAUAUAAUAUUAAAAUCGGUACCAAUUUUAGAAAAUUAUUUUUCAUUUAUUGAACUUAAACGGGUAUUACACAAAUAACACAGACAGCAUAUUUAUAUAAUAACAGUAAAUUACAAAAUAACGCGACCAAUGAAACUGUGUUAAUUUUAAUUACACUAGAGUCCUAAUACAUUGACAGCAUAUUGAUACAUAAUUAAAACUAUCUAUACUUAAUCAUUAAUUUGAUUAAUAUUCUUAGAAUAUAUAUAAUUAUUUAUGUAUAUUUUAUUACCCGCAAAUAUUAAACUAGGAACCUACAAUGAAAAAUAAUUCUUCCUGUGGUUUUUUUAAAUUUAUGCCAUUGCACUUUGAACUAUUACCUACUAAUACUCCAAUUAGUAAAGUUAUAUUUUAAUCUUAAAUUUAAAGGUCAUUAUAAUAUUACUUAUUUACCUCAAGUACCAACCAUACUUUUACCAUUUUAGUAAAAUAUCCAGUUGGAUUUAAUUUAAUACAAUUUAAAAAAAUUAAUUUACUCUUAAGUUAUUAAAAGACAUCAGAUCUAAUAUUGAGUGUGGUUGUUCCUGUAUAAAAAUAUGGUAAUAUAAUAUUUCAAAAAUAUGUAUAUAGGUACUUUGAUAAAUUUCCCUAAUUAAUUAUAAUAAUAUUUGUUACACAAUUACUUAGAAAAAAUUGAUAUCUUCAAGUAUAGAAUCAUUUUAAAAUAAUUAUCUGACUAAAAAACUAUCAUUAAUUAAUAUUUAUAUAUAUUAAAUGGUGUAGAUAUCUAAUCUUAUAGAUAAUUAACUUUUCAAGUGUUCUACUAAUUUGUUUGCUCCAAUUUAGUAUGUGUAUUUUGUAUAGCCUGUGCUUGAAAUUUAAAUAUAGUAAAUAAAUAAUUAUAACACAAUACAAAGAUAAAUCAGUUUUUAAUUUUACCCUAUUAUCUACAAUUUUAAUUAAAAAUAUUAAAUCUGUUGAAUAGCGUACAAAAUAAUAACAAAUCAUAAUAGUGGUCUUUUAACAUGAAAUUUCUGGAAUACCUAAAAUUAUGUACUGUUAAAUUUUGUGUUGAAUACUUAUAUUUAAACAACUUCACUAGAAAUGUAUAUUUUUGUUCAGCCCCUUAAGUUAAGCCAAGUUUUGAUUUUCUAUUUAUGGAUCUUAUUUUACAUUGAACAAUACUAUUCAAUUUGAUACAUUUAAAUAUUAGGUAAAUAAAUUAUUAACCUAACCUUCAUCAGUAUAUUAGCUAAACAGUUUUUUUUUUCUAUUUAGUAUAAUAUAAUACCUAUAUCAUUAAUAAUUUUACCCUUGAAUGCCUACAUAGGAUCAUUAUUAUCUUGAAAUAUUAAAUUAUGUUUAACGUGAAAACUAUUGAUAGAAUACUAAGCAAAUAUUAUUUUAAUAUUUUAGACAUUUCUGGUGUCAUCAAACAAUAAAUUUUAUGAAGUCUCAAUUCCGACCUUCAAAUUCAAAACCUAACCUAUCUCCUUAAUAAACAAAAUAGUGCUAACUAUUAGAUUGAUCACAUCCCUAAUAUUUAUUUUUUCUUACUGCUUAUGCUUUUUAAAAUAUAAUAUCAUUUGCCUAAUUAACUCUUUUCUUAUGCUUUGUGAAUCUGCAAUUAAGUUCUUGAAUGUUGUAUCAUGUUCUUUCAAUUUUGUAACAUUGUUAGGCAUAUUACUAUUAAGCAUAAACCAAAGAUACAUCAAAACUAUGCAAUGUGUUGAUGACCCUGAAACAUUUUCAAAUGCUUUUUACACAUUACCACCCACAGUGAUUUUACUUGAUUGAUGUUUAAUGAUCAACCUUGUAAUGUUUGAUUGCUAAAAUUUAUAACUACUUAUUUACUAGUUCUCAUUUAUUUUUUAAACUUUUAGAUGGCUAAAACUGUGUUAAAUCAUGACAACACAACUACUCACUUGGAUUACAUGAGUACAUUAGAUAUCGAUGUUGAGGCUCAAUUUGUUCGUCUUUCUGGUAUAAUUUGUACCAUUGGUAAGUCCUUAUAUUUAUUUCUGUGUCAAGGUAGUAUUAGAAGUUAUUCAAUUAGUAAUUUAAUCUCAUAGGACCUGCUUCGGUCGCUGUGGAUACCUUGGAAAAAAUGAUCGAUUCUGGUAUGAAUGUCGGUCGUUUAAAUUUCUCUCACGGUUCACAUGAAUACCAUGCUAAUACUAUAAAGAACUUGAGACAAGCUGCUGAAAAUUACAGUAAGAAGAUUGGUCUGUAUAGCCCUUUGGCCAUCGCUUUAGACACAAAGGGACCUGAAAUAAGAACUGGCCUGUUAGAAGGAGUAAGUAUUUUAAUAUUUUAAUCAAAAUUUUAAAUUACCUUUGUAAUUUUUAAAUAUUUAUAAUUUAGGGUGGUUCAGCUGAAGUUGAGUUAAAAAAAGGUGAAGAAAUUCGUUUAUCUACUGAUAAGGCAUUUGAAAGCAUUGGAAGUGCCACUAAUGUCUUUGUCGACUAUCCCAACAUCACUAAAGUAGUAAAACCUGGCAACAGAGUGUAUGUUGAUGAUGGUCUCAUUUCUUUGAUUGUGAAAGAAAUUGGUAUGUUGAAUGUUGAUUGUAUUAUUUUCUAUCAUUAUUAUACAUGUAAAUAUUUUAUUAUAAUCAUUUUUUUCUAUAGGUAGCAAUUUUAUUGUGUGUACCAUUGAGAAUGGGGGUUCAUUAGGUAGUCGUAAAGGUGUUAAUUUGCCUGGGGUACCUGUAGACUUACCAGCUGUGUCUGAAAAGGAUAAAAGCGAUUUGAAAUUUGGAGUUGAACAAGGCGUAGAUAUGAUUUUUGCAUCAUUCAUCAGAGAAGCUGCUGCAAUUAAAGAAAUCAGAGAAAUUUUAGGUUAAUAUUUAAUAAUGUUUAUUAAUUUAUAUGCUACAAUUUUAUGUUAUAUACAUUAUAUAUUAGGCGAACAAGGAAAGAACAUUCUGAUUAUUUCAAAAAUAGAAAAUCAUCAAGGAAUGAAAAAUUUACAAGAAAUCAUUGAAGCUUCAGAUGGAAUUAUGGUGGCUCGUGGAGAUUUAGGAAUAGAAAUACCUCCAGAAAAAGUUUUCUUAGCCCAAAAAGCUAUGAUCGCACGAUGCAACAAGGUAAUUUUCAUUAUUUUAUGUUUAUAUGAGGGUGUUGAAAUGGUUUGAAAGUUUUUGCAUUAAAAUUAAAAUUAUAUAUUAUUAACUACUUAUUAUAUGUGUUUAUAUAAGUCCAUUUAUUAAAAUGGUUUGUAAACAAAUUUAAUGUAUAACAUAAUUUUAUUAUCUUGUUAAAAUCAAAUCAAGUAUACAUUGCUAAUUUGUUUAAAAUCAAAAUGUGACUACUUUUCAAAAUAAUUGUAAUACUUAUUGAUCAUGUAAUGCACCAACAAAAUCUGAUAAAGUGACAAAGUUUCGAAAACGCAUUAAUAUAAUAUGUCACAUGAAACUUUUAAUUUUGUAUACUACCUAAUUUUAAUUUUAAAACCAGUUUAAUCACAUCAUUUUAUAAAUAUGAAUUUAAUAAUUGAUAUUUUCUAAAUAGAAAUUUAAUAGUUGAUGUUUAAAAUCAAAUAUAUUAAAACUUAGUACCCACUGUAAGUUUGCAUUAUAACUAUACUGGAAUAUUCUAUGUAGGCUGGCAAACCAGCUAUUUGCGCCACUCAAAUGCUUGAGUCAAUGAUUAAGAAACCUCGUGCUACUAGAGCAGAAUCUUCUGAUGUUGCCAACGCCAUCUUGGAUGGAGCUGACUGUGUUAUGCUUUCCGGUGAAACAGCUAAAGGUGAAUACCCAUUGGAAUGUGUACAAACAAUGGCCACCAUCUGUAAAGAAGCCGAGACCGCUGUUUGGCAAAAACAGUUAUUUUCCGACCUAUCAUCUGCUGUAAGUAUACCUUUUAAAAAGAAAGACUAAUAUAAUGUUUAUUUUAUUUUUUUAUUUUAUUUAUUAAGGUAACUUUGCCUUUGGAUGCUUCACACACUACUGCUAUUGCUGCUGUUGACGCAGCUAAUAAAAGCAAAGCAGCUGCCAUAGUUGUGCUUACGACAUCUGGCCAUUCUGCACAUCUCAUAUCCAAAUAUCGUCCACGUAGUCCUAUCAUAGCUGUUACAAGAAAUGCCCAAAUUGCCCGACAAUGCCACAUUUAUCGUGGAAUUUUACCUUUGUAUUAUAAUGGUUAGGUCAUAGAUCAAACAAAAUAUAUUAUCUACCUUUAGUAUGAAAAUUUUAUUAUAUUAUAAUUAUAAAUAAAUAUUUUUACAGAACAACCAUUAGGAGAUUGGCUGAAGGACGUGGACACACGUGUUGUGCAUGCCAUUAAGUUUGGCAAAGCUCGUGGAUUUAUUCAAGCUGGAGAUCCAGUAGUUGUUGUCACUGGAUGGAAGAAAGGCUCUGGAUACACCAACACUUUGCGUAUUGUGUAUGUACCUGAUCAAGAAGAUUUUGGUUUCUUUUAAGCGGUCUUAGUUUUUAAAGAAAUAAUAGUUUAAACUAUAAAAAAAAAAAUAUAUAUAUAUAUACAUACAUACAUAUAUUACACAAUAAAAAAAGUUACAAAUAGUUGUACUCCAGUUUAUUCAUAGAUAUAGUAUACCAGAGUAUCACUAUAUUAUUAAUUCUAGCUUUAAUGGCAUGUUACACAAUUGAAUUGAAUUUUAAUUUAUUCAAUUUAUUAAAUUUUCUGCUUGGACAUUACAACUGUAAUACUUAAAAACUACACAUAAUUUACAACAAUUUUUUAAAAUAAUUUUGCUAAUCUAAAUGUUUAUUUUAAUAAUGCAUUCUACUACUUUUAGAAUUCUUGAUAAAAUACCUGUACUAUGGUAUUUACUUUUCUUAUUAACUAGUCAUAAUAACUUAUAUACUAUGUGAUCAUCACAUUUAAUAUGCUUAUAUUAUUAAAACUAGUUUAAACUCUUUUUUUUGCUUGUUUGUUUUGUUUAAUGCUAUAUAUUACAAUUAAAAAGAAACAUUGAGUACUUAAAUUUAUCCAAUUCAAAUUUUUAAUAUAAUACAAUCUAAUGCUUUACCGUUUAAUUAUGAUUUACCACUUAACAGUUAUUUUAUACUGGGUUAAUAUUUAAAACAUAAUACUAUAUGACAUUGAGUUGGAUGGUUGAUAAAUGAUUAAUUUAUUAUUUUCCUUGAGUAAUUUUACAGGUAUAUAAUAUGUAUGAAUUUUUAAGAUUGUUUGAUCUCUCGGUUAAUGGGUCAUUAAGUAAGAAUACUUUUUUGGUGUACUGUUUUAUGAUAUCUAAAUUUUACUAACCGUAAUUUUAAGUAGAAUAAUUGUUUUUUUUUUUUUUUGUACACAUAUAUGUAUACAAUUAAAAAAUCUGAAACACAUUUUAUGAUCACUAUACUUUUGUAGAGGUAAAAAUACUUUAUAGUCAAUAAUAUUGCAAUGGCGGGCUUCAUGUCUAAUGCAUAAUAUAUUUACUAAAUAUUUAUUAAACUAUUAGAUGAUAAAAAGCUUUUUAAAGUUACUAAUAUUAUUUAAGUUAUGCUAUAAACAAUGUAUUUACAACAUGUAAAUGUUAUAAAUUUAGUGAUGUCAAGUACUUAUUGUUUUUUUGUUUUCAGUAAUGUGGAAUGAGUUGCCCAAAUUGAGUAGUAAACUGCAAUAAUAAUAAUAAAACAAAUGUUUUAUAAACAUCAUUCCGUUUUAUGUUUAGAAUGUCCUAAAAAUUAAAUUGUCUAACCACCAUCUCAAUGCAGUACACAAAUAAACCUAUUAUGAAUUUAUUUUAUUGUAUACAAUUUUGUUUUUCUAUAAAUAGAAUUUUAGGAAUAUGAUUGUAUUGUUUUAUUAUAAUUAAAUAGCAUGGAUAUUAAAUAACAAAAAUAUUGUUU